AUGCGCUACGGGCUCAAACUCCUGAGUCCAGACUGCAGCCGUGCCCGUUCCGACUUCUUCCGGCCUUUAUCACACAGGCUCUCCAACGCCCAGAACAAUGCAAGCAGAAAGACGACUAACGGUGAGAUUCAGCUUAUUGUCGGAUCUCCCCUGGAUUCUGGCCGUUCCAGUUCCGGUUUCAUCGACGCGUUAUCUGCACCCCUGCUUACAUCGGACGCUUUCCGUUGA